AUGGUUCAAUCCUCGAUCCUCGGUUUCCCUCGCAUGGGAGUCAACCGUGACCUCAAGAAAGCCACGGAAGCAUACUGGGCCGGCAAGAUCUCGCAGGAUGAGCUCCUCGCCGAGGGGAAAAGACUGAGACUGGCACACUGGAAAAUCCAGAAAGACGCUGGCAUCGACAUCAUCCCCAGCAAUGACUUUGCUUUCUACGACCAGGUCCUCGACCACAUCGAGCUCUUCGGUGUUGUUCCGGAACGGUAUACCAAGUACAACCUGGCUCCGCUUGACGAGUACUUUGCCAUGGGUCGAGGUCUCCAGAAGCCUGCCACCGAUAGCUCCCCGGCUGUCGAUGUGCCUUCUCUGGAAAUGGUCAAAUGGUUCGACUCAAACUACCACUAUGUGAAACCAACUCUUCAAGACAACCAGAUCUUCAAGCUGUCCUCAAAGCCCAAGCCCGUUGUCGAAUUCCUCGAAGCCAAAGAAGCAGGUAUCGUCACCCGUCCGGUCAUCCUCGGACCCGUGUCCUUCCUCUAUCUCGGCAAAGCAGACCGUGGUCAAACUAUCGAACCAAUUUCUGCCCUCGACAAGCUUCUGCCUCUCUACGAGGAUCUCCUCAAACAGUUGAAGGAUGCUGGUGCUGAGACGGUGCAAAUUGAUGAACCCAUCUUGGUCUUCGAUUUGCCUCCCCACGUCAAGGAGGCCUUCAAGCCGGCGUAUGAGAAGCUCGGUGGACUUGGGAGCAGUGCCCCGAAAAUCGUUCUUGCGACCUACUUUGGUGACAUUGUCCACAAUAUCGAUGUUCUCAGCUACUUGAAGAACCUCUAUGCCAUCCACGUUGACCUCGUCCGCAAUCCCGAGCAGUUCGAGACUGUCGCCUCUGCGUUGGCCCCUCAGCAGGUUCUGUCGGCGGGCGUUGUUGACGGUCGCAAUAUCUGGAAGACCAAUCUCAAGAAAGCCGUUGAGCUUGUUGAGACUGCCAUUCAGAAACUCGGCAAGGACAGAGUUAUCGUCUCGAGCUCCAGCUCUCUCUUGCAUACUCCUCACACUCUGGCCAGCGAGAAGAGCUUGGACCCUGAGAUUGCCGAUUGGUUCAGCUUUGCUUGUGAGAAAGCCAAGGAGCUGGCCAUCAUCGCAAAGGCUGUCACGGAUGGCCCGGCCUCCGUCCGAGAAGCCCUCGAAGCCAAUGCCAAGUCGAUGCAAGCUCGUGCUUCUUCAAGCCGAACCAACGACCAGGCGGUCAAGGAGCGGCAGAGUAAGAUUACUCCUAACAUGUACCACCGCAAGUCGCCAUUCCCUGUUCGAAUCAGCCAACAGCAGGAGCGUCUGCAUCUGCCUCUGUUCCCUACCACGACUAUUGGAUCUUUCCCUCAGACCAAGGAAAUCCGUAUCCAACGCAACAAGUUUACCAAAGGCGAAAUUACUGCUGAGGAGUAUGAGAAGUUCAUCGAAAAGGAGAUCCAGGACGUGAUCAAGAUCCAGGACGAGUUGGGCCUCGAUGUCUAUGUCCACGGCGAGCCCGAACGCAAUGACAUGGUCCAAUAUUUUGGGGAGAGACUCAAGGGUUAUGCUUUCACGACCCAUGGAUGGGUUCAGUCGUACGGCUCUCGCUGUGUCCGACCUCCUAUCGUUGUCGGUGACAUUUCUCGACCUGCUCCUAUGACGGUCAAAGAAUCCAAAUACGCGGCUUCAAUCUCCAGCAAACCUAUGAAGGGCAUGCUCACAGGUCCCAUCACCUGUUUGAGAUGGUCAUUCCCUCGUGACGAUGUCCAUCAGUCGGUUCAAGCGGAACAACUGGCUUUGUCUCUCCGCGACGAGGUUAUCGACCUCGAAAAGGCCGGUGUCUAUGUUAUUCAGGUCGAUGAGCCUGCUCUGCGUGAAGGCCUUCCACUCCGCGCGGGCAAGGAACGAACCGACUACCUGAAGUGGGCCGUGGAUUCUUUCCGCCUGGCAACCGCGGGUGUUGAGGAUGGCACUCAGAUUCACAGCCACUUCUGCUACUCCGAGUUCCAGGAUUUCUUUUAUGCUAUUGCCGCACUGGAUGCCGAUGUUCUCUCGAUUGAGAACAGCAAGUCUGACGCGAAGCUUCUCAAAGUCUUUGUGGAUGAGGCUUAUCCACGUCACAUUGGACCUGGUGUCUACGACAUUCAUUCUCCUCGUGUUCCUUCUGAACAGGAAAUUCGCGACCGUAUUGCAGAGAUGUUGCAGUACUUGAAGCCAGAGCAAUUGUGGAUUGAUCCCGACUGUGGGCUCAAGACCCGACAGUGGAAGGAGACCAAGGCUGCGUUGACGAACAUGGUCAACGCGGCCAAGAGCUUCCGUGCUCAAUAUGCCAAAGGCAAUUAA